CUACCUAACCUAUUCAUGACCUCGUCCACCAAGUCCAUCUUUACAGGAAGCCCGACCACCCCAGACACCAAGUCGCACCCCCGGGAGUACCGCCGCCUUACUACGCCCGAAUAUAAUACUACUUUCCCUCAACCGCCCUCUCCCUCUGCUCAUCCACAGAAACCGCGCCCCACCUUAUCCGCAUCGCCCUCAUGGACUCUACAAACCCCCGUUAAUACCCACCCCUCUCGCCCUCCGUCCUUCUACCAUAGCGAACCUUCCAAACCACCCAACGACGCGCCCACCACUCCAUCCAUACUUGCAGGUCAUAAGCGGGGGGGAUACACCGAUACGCCUUCUCGCCUCGCCGAGCCAGCGAGUGAACCGCUGCUGAAGCGCAGACGUGUGAGCCGCUCCAGACAUAGCUUGAAUCCUUCCAACGCACCUCGACCUGCCACUAUCAGGAGGAGGAGUAGUCUGAGCGCCCAACCCCUCUCGCCGCUCUUCUUUUCCCAUUCCACCCGCCCGAGACCCUACCUGCCUGCGCGCUUCUCGAGCUCCGAGGCUGCCGCAAAGAUGCUCAGCAAAACGCGCGAGGACAGUAGUAUCAAGACGGUUACCCUUGCCCGAGGUUCAUAUAACGGGCUAAGUCCUCCUCCACCAGGACCGCUCAGCGCGAGGAGCUCGGAGCGAUCCAGUUUGCCCCCGCGAUUAGAAUCCCCCGAUACGCGAGAGAAAAGCGAUCCCCUGCGCUUGCUCGGAUCUAUUGGCAUCGUCGAGCUACUUGAGAACGAUCCGAGACCAACUUUUGUUGUCGACAUAGGAGAAGCCAAUUCUACCGCAGAGUCGUUUGGGCUGCAGAUUUUGUUUGCGAACGGCGCAUUGCGUGCAAACCCACCCAUCUGGAACUUGGUGGCAGGGAAACCCUCGGUUUCGGCAACCGACGAACCUGCUGCUCAUGCCUCGGGUCAAUUCAAGAACUGGAUAUUAAAUACUACAUCACCAAAUGGGACUAUCAACACAAAUCCUCCACCACUAGAACAUGGCGGCAUUCAUUGGCUAUGUUAUACGCUCAAGAGACGUUUGCGCGUGGUAUCUACCGUGAAUCCUGUUCCUUCAACGCCAAAUGUACCAUACGCAAGUGCCUCGGUCGAAUUUGGUGUGCCGUCCUCGUCGUCUGCACGCACGUCGGGCUCUGUCGCGGAUCUGAUCCCAUCCAGCACUGCCAGCGAACCCCUAGACUAUUUUGGUAGUACAGCGACUCCGAUUGCAGAGACCGAGGAUACUGGUAUGACAGGAGAAUCUGCUUCCCCCCAAACUAAUAUCAUUGUUCCGCAUACUCGAGAUGGCGACGCUGUCGAUGGUUUCUUUCAGAACUCGGCAAAACUAAAUAUCGAAGAUCAUCCGUCAUUUACCAAUGAGUGCGUACUUCGAGCCCAUGCUGCAGGCGAAGUUGACGCGUUUCAUAGGGGAGAAGGAUCACCGCGAGACCACGACGUUGGCUUCUUCGACUGGACUCGCCUGUCUAUCUCCUCUUCGCUGCCGCGGCAUAUUCAAUUCGCACGCUCUAUUGAUUGGGCGAAGACUCCUCUUGGGCCAAUUGAAUACUGGUCGAACGAUCUACGGGCCAUGUGUAAUCUUAUUAUGGCGAGUCCACAUCCCGCUGCCAUGUACUGGGGAGAAGAGCUUGUAGCUAUCUAUAACGAGGCAUAUGUCGGUCUCGCUGGGCAGAAACAUCCAACUCUGAUGGGCCAAAGCUACAAGGUGGCGUGGGCCGAGAUAUGGGAUGAUGUCAAGGACGUUUUUGCUAAUGCGCGUUUGACUGGCCAAGCGACUAUGAAAGAUGACGAUUGCUUGUUUAUGAAGAGAAGUGGUUUUCUCGAAGAAACAUAUUUCUCUUGGUCCAUCAUUCCCAUGGUUGGCCAAGACGGGACGGUAAUUGGGCUGUAUAACCCUGCCUUCGAAAAGACUAGACGAAAAAUCGCGGAGCGGCGUAUGUUGACGCUUAGGGAAGUUGGAGAACGAACUGCAACCGCGCGAGAUGUAAAAGCCUUCUGGGAGCAAGUUUUGUUUGCUCUGACUGAAAACGAGAUGGACACCCCCUUUGUUCUUCUAUACUCUGUAUCCGAUGAAAACGACAGUGAUUCAUCUUCAUUGCAUUCAAACAGUCUACUCGGAUCCAAGCAUUGUUACUUAGAAGGGUCAUUGGGUGUUCCUACUAAUCACCCAGCAGCGCCUGAUCAUUUUGAUCUGAAGGAUGGGACCGAAGGUUUUGGACCCGUGUUUCGGGAAGUCAUGAAGACAGAUAAACCUGCCAUACUCAGCAUUGGCUCCGGCGACCUACCUUACGAGAUCAUGGAGGGCCUUGAAUGGAGAGGUUUUGGCGAUGCUUGCCGCGAAGUCGUUGUUUGCCCUAUUCACCCCACUACCGGCGAGGCCAUACUUGGAUUCUUGGUCGUGGGCAUUAACCCGCGUCGGCCGUACGAUGAUGAUUACAAUCUGUUUGUUCAGUUGUUGAGCCGUCAGCUUGCCACCUCGCUAGCGUCUGUCGUCCUUUUCGAAGAAGAGAUACGCAGAGGGCAAAGAGCCGCGAAACUGGCAGCCGAGGAUCGAUUCCACCUUUCCGAGCAGCUUGCUGCACGCACACAAGAAGCGCUGGAUAGCGAAACACGGUUCACUCGGAUGGCGGAAUAUUCACCCGCCGGUUUGUUUAUAGCCGAUCAUGCUGGUAGAAUAACGUAUUGCAACGAUACGUGGUACGAGAUAUCCAGGGUUCCGAAGGAUCCGCAAAAGACAGACAGGUGGAUGGAUUAUGUCAACGAAGAAGAUCAGAGUCUUAUUGAGGAUCACUGGAAACAGUUGGUGGAGAACGCCGACGCAAUCAACAUCGAGUUCAGAUUCAAGACGCCCUGGUCAGACCGGAAUGGGAACAAAGGCGACACUUGGGUGUUGUUCUGUGCCUUCCCCGAGAAGUACGAGGACGGAAUGCUCAAAAGCGUCUUCGGCAGCAUCACGAACAUCAGCUCGCAGAAGUGGGCCGAAGGAUUUCAGAAAAGAAAAAUGGAGGAAGCUGUGGAGCUCAAGCGUCAACAAGAAAACUUCAUUGACAUCACGUCUCACGAGAUGCGAAAUCCACUGAGCGCUAUCCUGCAAUGCGCUGACGAAAUCUCAACUAUCCUCGGAGACUAUCGAACAUCAGGCGCCCAGGAGAUCUUGCCGAGGAUCAUAUCAGAUAGCAUUGAUGCGGCUCAGACCAUCGCAUUGUGCGCACAGCACCAAAAAAGGAUUGUAGAUGACGUGCUCACCCUGUCGAAACUUGACAGUGCAAUGUUGAUGGUGACGCCCGUUGAUGCGCAGCCAUUGCAAGUCGUGCAGCGUGCAUUGAAGAUGUUUGAAGGCGAGGUACAAACUGCCGGCAUACAAAUGGACUUUGUCAUCAGCGACUCUUUCAAAGAGUUGAACAUUGAUUGGGUCAGGUUAGAUCCUUCCCGAGUACUCCAGGUACUAAUCAAUCUUACGACCAAUGCGAUCAAGUUCACCACCACAGAAUCGAGCCGGACCAUCAAGGUUGUCUUGUCUGCCUCCAAGGACCCGCCCUCCCGUUCGAAAUCACCACGUGUGAACUUCUUCCCCUCAAGAUCUAAAAGAGUCGAACAAGCUUUGGGCUCAGAUUGGGGUAACGGAGAAGAGAUAUUCUUGGAGUUUGCCGUUCAGGAUACAGGACGAGGUCUCAGUCCAGAAGAAAAGAAGGUGCUCUUUCAGCGCUUCUCUCAGGCUAGCCCACGCACUCAUGUGCAAUACGGUGGUUCGGGCCUCGGUCUGUUCAUAUCCCGUGAACUCACCGAAUUACAAGGCGGUGAGAUUGGUGUCUCUUCCGAAGCUGGAAAGGGAAGCACAUUUGCAUUCUAUGUCAAAUGUCGCAGAUCUACAGAGCCGCAAGAUACAACCGAAAAUUUGCCAAUAACAACAAUAGCUCGGCAUCCGUCCAAUGCGAAAGCAGGCCCUCGACCAGCGCCGCCCAAAAUCAAGGAUUUUGCCACAAUGCCAAAAAAUGUUUUGCCCAACCAGGAUCUUUCACAGAAGCCCGAACUCAAGGUGCUCAUUGUCGAAGAUAAUCUUGUGAACCAAAAGGUCCUCCAGCGCCAGCUCGAAAACCGAGGCAUUACGACGUACGUCGCGAAUCACGGAGGUGAGGCCCUUGAAAAGCUCAGACUGUCCCAAUUCUGGAAGGGGCACGGCCCAGACGCCAUCGACGUCGGCGUUGUCUUGAUGGACAAAGAAAUGCCAGUCAUGGACGGAUUGCAAUGUACCAGCAAGAUACGCGAAUUCGAAGCAGAUGGCUUGCUUACCCGGCACGUGCCCAUCAUUGCCGUCACGGCAAAUGCGAGAAGUGAGCAAAUUGCGACACUUCUCGCCGCUGGCAUGGAUGAUGUCGUAUCUAAGCCUUUCCGCAUUGUGGAACUCAUACCCAAGAUUGAGGAAUUGACGCUCAAGUAUCCGAGUUCUCAGGCUCUAACUACGGCGACCAAUUCGUCUGGAAUCACUGUUCACGAUAAACAUUAG